AUGGCGUACUAUCGCGGACCGGUCUCGCCUCGGGAGGACCAAUUCAACUCCAACCCCCUCUCGCCGCCCCAGCGAAAUCCGAACCGGUGGAGUGCGAGCAUGCUGGGGAACGCCGACGUCCGCGGUGCGAUGCAGAGGAGAUUCACAACCAACACCGUGCCAACGCUGUCGCCCAUUGGGCAGCAGCGACGACAGGCAGCAGGAGAUGUGCAGCAAAGCGUAAGUCUGCGAUUUUCGUACAAACCAAGAUGGUGGGAGUGAUGUAGAGCAAGAGAAAACGGCAAGAGUUGGACGGUCUCGCGAAAACAGGCAAGGACAGUGCAUACUGGCUCGCUCUUGCCCUCCCAUUUGACGAUGUGCAUUUGGCGCGGGCGAGAGGCUGUACACUGUCGCCUUGACCUCAAAGGCUUCCUGCACCGCAAAUACUGCAUACGUUUGCUGCCCGAAUAGCCUGAGAUGCUGCACGUAUUGGGAUGUUGAGACAUUGCUCUUCUGCCUCAUGUAGAUUGGCUUGUGGCUCACAUAUCCACGCUGGAACAACGCUAAUCUCGGGACAGCAGCAAAAUGCCAACAGCAGAAUUCCUCCCGUAAGUACUCCCUCCACAGCCAAUUUCCAGCAGGAACGACUUCUGCAAUCGAGAGUCGCUGGUUGCCUGAAAAGCACCGCACGUGCCCCAAUUCGGAUCAGACGACAGGUUUCCGCCUCCCGGAGCUUUUGACCUGGUUCUACUGCAGACCUGUGGCUAUUAGAUCUCGAAUCCAUCUCCUUGGUAUCCUUGGCCAUAUCGCACAACGACUUCAAUACUGUUGAAGCUUGAUUUCCCAAUUACACUACGAAGGAGCAGAUUGGCUCUCCGGGCUCCAGCAGACUCACUCUCCCUCCCAAAACCACUCACCGCUUUUGUGGCGCCCCAAGGCUGGGUCACAAGACUCUGCGUCUUCACAUGAAGCACGUGCAAAUCCUGUGGAGCAGAGGCUGAUCUUCCUUCGCAGUCGGAGCGUGCUGCUCGCCAUUACGAAAACCUUCUCCAAGCACAACGCCAAAUCCAACAAGAACUUGAAAAAGUCGACGCCGAAACCCGCCGCGAGGUUGACGAGAACAUCAGACACGAACAAGCAGUAACUCAGCUCUUCGCCCAGAGCGAGCCAACGACUCCGCCAGAGUUUAACAGCUUCGCCAACUUCUCGCGGCCGGAUCGGUAUUCGACAGCGAGCCUGACAUCGCCACCUGGCAUUGUUACUCGGCCGAACCGGUCCAGCACACAGCUCACUUCGCCCUCUGCUGGAUACGCGCGGACGUACAACAACGGGAACAGCAAUUCAAACCUACCAUCACAGUCUGUCCCCGGCUCUCGACGCCAAUCCGACAACGAAGAGGAGGACGACGACUUUAUCUACGGUUACGACAACAGCAUUCGACGUGCUUCGGCGAAGUGAGUCCUCCCCAAUUUCCUAUUGUCUCCGCUAUUGUGUCGCUGGUUCAUGUCUCGCCGGCCUCACAUGCAAGCACGUGCCUUCGGCAAAACCGGCUUGGCAUUUGCUCAUUCGCCGCCUUGACCACUUCGCAAAUGUCACAGACACGACAAUAGCUUUGCUUCACAACAAUAACUGGCCCCUACACAAAACCCGACAACCAUCAACAAUACUGGAAAACUUUUUCUAUUGUUGUUUGGACGACAAUAGCUCUCUCCUCGAAGGCUCUACCAUAUAAACCCAGGCGAGCCCCCGUACUGACGGUCUUUUCUGCUUCAGUCCAAACCGCAAUUCCAUGCCAAUCACCUCAUACGACCGCAAGAGAAACACCACCGAGCUGGUUCUUGGUCCAGUGAACACCACCGGCUUCCUCUUCAACGACGACGAGCUUUCCAGCCUCCCCCCGAAGUCCAACAAGACCUCUCCACCAGAUACCAAAACGUAUCUCCAGGUUCAGCACACCGCCGACGGCUUUCCAAAGCUAAUCCGCCGCGAAGAGAACGGUGAUCUGUCAGUUACCGCAGCCUCUGCAGCUCUUGACCUCGCAUCUUCUGCCGAGCACGAGCCGCAGCAGGUAACCGACCGCGCUACGGCUAGCCGUCACCGCAUCUCGCUUCCACCAAGCGCUCUGGGCGGCAACGUGAGCAUUGCUCCGCUGAACAGCAUUCUCGCCAACGCCAACGACAAGUCAUCUGCGAACAAUCGUCGCUCAAUGGAGGUCCACUUCAGUGCAGAGACCAAGCGUCCGACGCUCCUUGCCUCACCGCCUCGUGGCCUGGCAAACGGUCCUUCUUCUUACUCCACCAACGACAUCCCAACUCUCAAGAAGAUCAACAACGAGACUUCUGAGGGUGGUGUCUCGCUCACUUCGCCAUCUCAUCUCAUCUCCAACGCCACUUCUCCAGAGCAGGCCGCAGGCGCUCUUCGUUUCAAUCCCUCUUCCAACCGCCAGAGCCAAGAGUUCUCUCCGACCAAGCACAGCGACAUCCAAGACGCCUUCAGUCCAUCUCUUUCCUCCCUGCAAGCCAACGCUGCUCCGUUCGGGCCGGGCGCUCAAGAGAACGGUCAAGGUCAAGGUCUCGGCAGUCCAAACAUGACUCCUUUCAGUCAGCCAGCCGCAUAUUACGGCGGCUAUGGCAUGCAGAUGAUGACCAACGGCUUCGGCAACAUGAACAUCGGCGGCGGUGCGAAUGGCUACGCUGCACAGUCCCAGUGGCAGCCAAACAACUUCGGCAGCCCAUACGCACAGCAGAACAACUAUGGCGGCUUCCAGCCCCACCAGGCGGGCGCUGGCCAGGCUGCUCCAGGAGCAGGCCGCUUCGAGAACUCGCGCGUGAAUACUCAGCAGCGUCGUCAGGCUGCUGAGGAUGCUCAGUCCCGCUUCAACUCCAUCAAGGUUGAGCAGCUUCAGGGUGAGAUCUACACUCUCUGCAAGGACCAGCACGGCUGCCGCUUCUUGCAGAGAAAGCUCGAGGAGCGCAACGAAGCCACGGUGCAGCUCAUUUUCGACGAGGUCAAGGGCCACAUGAUUGACUUGAUGGUCGACCCAUUCGGCAACUACCUCUGCCAGAAGUUGCUUGAGAGUACCAACGACGCUCAGCGCACUGUCCUCAUCAAGAACGCUACUCCCGCCAUGACCAAGAUCGCCCUCAAUCAGCAUGGCACUCGUGCCCUUCAGAAGAUGAUUGAGUACAUCUCUACACCUGAGCAGACCGACCUCAUCAUUGAUGCUCUGCGCAACGACGUCGUCUUGCUCAUUCAGGACCUGAACGGCAACCACGUCAUCCAGAAGUGCCUCAAUCAUCUGUCUUCUAUUGACGCUACCUUCAUCUUCGACGCCGUUGGGGCCAACUGCAUCACCGUCGGUACCCACCGCCACGGCUGCUGCGUCCUUCAGCGCUGCAUCGACCACGCCGAUGGUCUUCAGAAGGGCAAGAUGGUCGACCACGUGAUCCGCAACGCCUUCGCCUUGGUUCAAGAUCCCUUCGGCAACUACGUCGUCCAGUACAUCCUUGACCUCUCGGAACCUUGCUUCACUGAGCCUCUCUGCCGCGCUUUCUACGGCGAGGUCCCGAACCUCUCUCGUCAGAAGUUCAGCUCCAACGUCAUCGAGAAGUGCAUCCGCUGCUCCACCAACGAGACUCGGCGCGAGCUCAUCAGCGAGAUCAUGGUUGUGCCGGUCCUCGAGAAGCUGCUUCGUGACGGCUUUGCCAACUACGUCGUCCAGACGGCCAUGGACUUUGCCGAUGAUGAGCUCAAGCCUGUGCUUAACGAGAACGUCCGCUUGAUCUUGCCAGGCAUCCGCAACACCCCACACGGCCGUCGCAUUCAGAGCAAGAUCACCGACUUCGAUAACCGCCAGAACAAUACCAACGGCGUCAACCCCAUCCUUUCUCCGCUUGAGUCUGCCCAGUCUCCAUCCACCAACGCCUUCGCUGGAACUCAGCCCACUCCGGCUCCUCCACGUGCUAACCGUCACGGCAUGAUCGGUGCUCCACCACAGUGGGGUGCCAACGGCGGCGGUUUCAGCUCUGCUGGCUUUGAGGGCGGCAAUUUCGGAGGCCCAGGCUUCGGUGGCGAGAACAUCAUCUCGCCAACUCCACAGCGUGGCAACCAGGGCUUCGGCAUGUUCAACGGCAACGGCGGCCCUCCAAGCUUUCAGCAGAAUGGCUUCGGCGGCGGCUUCUCCGGACCCGGCCGUCAGCCAUAUGGCCACUUCUAA